GAGACGCCCACUCAUGUGAAGUUGAGUCUACCUGUGCAGACAGGACGCUGUUCAGCGCCUCUCACACGUGAUGCGGUGACGCUGACAGAGGUACAGACAGCGGCAGCAGUCAGACUCAGCUCUCGGUCAGUCAGCACCAGCAUCAUCACCAGCAUCACGAAGCAUCUUUGUAUUUCAUCCGGGUUUAGACUUUGGAACCAUGCGUGGGCCAGCUGCAGCGGGGUUGUCGGUGCUGACCGCCUACCUGCUCUGCGGGCCGCUUCUCUGCGCCGCGGCCAGCAGCCAGCAGCCCAACGACCGACCCAUCAUCGGUGUGUUAGCACAAGAAAAUCUGCCUGGUGACCAGUUUGCUCGAGGGUCUUCUUACAUUGCUGCCUCCUACAUCAAAUUCCUGGAGAGUGCUGGAGCCAGGGUCGCACCAAUCAGGAUAAAUCGCACAGAAAAAGAAUAUGUCAAGAUAUUCAACUCAAUAAAUGGGUUGCUGCUGCCAGGGGGAGACGUAGACAUUCAGACAUCCCAGUUCAGUCGAGCUGCCAGGAUCUUUUACAACUUGGCUUUGAAGGCCAAUAAUGCAGGGGAUUACUUCCCCAUCUGGGGAACAUGCCAGGGCUUCCAGCAACUCUCCGUCCUCACCGCCAGAAAAAACCUGCUCACUCUCACCAAAACCAAGGCCGUGGCCCUGCCGCUCAUUCUCACACCUGCGGCCCAGUCCAGUCGCUUGUUCAGGAAUUUUCCCAGAGAUGUGCUGCAGUCUCUGGCUAAUAAAAACAUCACCUCCAACUUCCACAGCUGGAGUCUUUCCAUACAGAACUUCACCCGAAAUGCCAAACUGAAGAUGUUCUACAGAGUGUUGUCCACCAACAGCGAUGGAAAGAAAGAAUUCAUCUCCACCAUGGAAGCGUAUCGCUACCCGUUCUACGCUGUGCAGUGGCAUCCUGAAAAGAGUCCGUUUGAGUGGAUCGACAAGCCAGGCAUGGUUCACACCGUCUCUGCUGUCAGAAUCAGCUUCUACACUGGAAGUUUCUUUGUCUCUGAAGCCAUGAAGAGCCGGCAUCGCUUCUCCAAUCCUGCUGAAGAAGACAAAGCUCUGAUUUAUAACUUCUCCCCUGUCUACAGAGGCCUCAACGCAAUUUUCAUCCAGAACUAUUACUUUGAUUGAUGAAUGAUGUUUAGGAACUACAGGUCUUGUGUUCAGAUUAAUCAUAAUUUAUCAUGUGUAAGAAAUCAUUUUAUUAGCUCUGUUAUGAAAACUGGCAUAAAGUGGUGAGAUCUUUCCAAGUUAAACAGAUCAUAGAAAGACUAGGAGAAAUAAGUAAUCUCGUAUUUUGAUUUAUUGAUGGUUCUACAGAGAGUUUGAUGUAAUGAAAAGCAGAUCAAGAAAUUAAAACAUGAUGAAAAGAAUUAAACUCAGAUGAUUAUUAAAGGAAGUUAUGUUUGCAGAAUUGAAUCAAAAAGAUGAUUGUGUUUAAUGUUUCAUGAUAACCAUACAGCAUACAUAAAAUUGUAACUGAAGUAAGCAUACAUUGUGUGUGAAGUAAAUUGGCAUGUGAUUCUCAGACUGUGUUAUAAUUAGAGCAGAGGACAGGGCCAGUCAAAGAAUGUGAGCUGAGCGGGGCGGGCAGAGGAAUUUCAAGAAGGAAAAAUUCUCAAAGCAGAUGAGAGAAAUGCCACCAGAUAAAGAAAGUAAAACCAGAUGGUCAGCCAUAAACAACAAAAGGAGAAGCUAACAAGGCGUUGACUGAUGUGGAAAGGUCUGGUACUUUCCGCGAAGUCAUUGAAUGUUCAAGAAGUCACAUACACCAUCACCCCAUACACAAAUAUGGGGUGAGAAAAUAUAAAAACCCAUGAAAAGGGGAAGAAGCACUCUUAGUCUCCGUGCCAAAGUCAAGACAACAAGAAGAUGCAGACAGAAGACCAGCAGAUGACCGCACCCUGGAACUAAGGGUUCUGCUAGAAGAGGACAAGACCCAUUAACCCUCAACCCUGGUUCCUGAUUCUACUGCCGUUCUGCACUCAACCCCACAGAUCUGAAAGCUGCUGCAACAGACUUGGUGAAUGGGCAAAGAUCAUGGAGUGAUGAAGAUCUGAGUGUUCGAAGGACAACAACCAGUUUUGCUUUGUUUCCAUUCAGAAGAGGAUUUUGCUGCACAAAGACAAGAGCCUAACCAAGGACAUUGAAGCUUUCUGUUGCCGAGAUCAUUCGUCAUCUGGGUGUGAGUUGAACUGCACCCCAAAGCCUCGCUCAGUAAAUUAGUGACAUGGUAAAUGGACUGAGGUUAGGAAAGGAUUGAUUUGGUUUUUUAACAACUUUGACUUUCAUUCUUAAUUUGUAGUAAUUUAUAAUUAGCCUGCCUGUCAUUUACCCCUGCUAAAAGCUUGCUCAAUAAAGAUGUAUUAAAAUUCUAAU